UCCACAGUGCCUCUAAAAGUAAUCACUUCCUUGAUGUUUUGCCCUUUUACUGCUUUAAUAAAUCAAUCAUGAUCCACAACAAAAUAAGUCAAAGUGAAAACCUAUUUAUACAAAAUGACAAAUAUCGAACAUAAACUGCAUAAAUAUUCAGCCUUUAAAGUGACUGGCUUCUCCCUUCCUUUUACUUCAGGGAGGAGCAACAGAGUCAUGAGAUUCAAACGUGGCUCUCCAGAAAUGAAAGUGAAAGUUGGUCAAAGCCUGAGCUGCUGUGGAGAAAAAGCUCCCUGUUUCCUUCAAACUGAGUUCAUGAUUUUCUGCUCAACAGACUGAUACUGAGUUCAGAAAUGUCUUCUGGCAGCAACCUGCAGUCUAAAGAUCAGUUUCUUUGCUCCAUCUGUCUGGAUGUGUUCACUGAUCCAGUCAGCACAUCAUGUGGACACAACUUCUGCAAAACCUGCAUCACUCAGCUCUGGGAUGGAAAUGUUUCCUACAGGUGUCCUCUGUGCAACAAGCAUUUCGCCUCCAGGCCUCAGCUGAGAGUCAACACUUUAUUAAAAGAGAUGGUUGAUCAGUUCAGAGGUGAAGCUCAGCAGGAAACCAGCAGCAGCUCAGAGCAACAAGCUGCCAAACCAGGAGAAGUUCCCUGUGACGUCUGCACUGGACCCAAACUGAAGGCCCUGAAGUCCUGCAUGGUGUGUCUGCUCUCCUACUGCCAGACUCACCUGGAGCCUCACCUGACCGCUCCACGUCUGAAGAAACAUCAGCUGAUGGAGCCGGUGGAGAACCUGGAGGACAGGAUGUGUCUGCAGCACGAUAAACCUCUGGAGCUGUUCUGUAGGACCGACCAGACAUGCGUCUGCUUGCUGUGUCCGGUUUUAGACCACAAGAACCACGAGUUUGUUCCUCUGAGAGAAGAAUCUGAAGGAAAGAAGGCAGAGCUGAGGAAGACGGAGCCUGAAGUUCAGGAGAUGAUCCAGGAGAGACGACUGAAGAUCCAGGAGAUCAGAGAGUCGGUGAAGAUCAGUAAAGAUGCUGCAGACAAAGAGAAAGCUGGAGGUGUUAAGAUCUUCACGGCUCUGAUAGAGUCUGCUGAGAGAGGCCUGAAGGAGCUCCUCAAGGAGAUCCAAGACAAACAGGAAACUACAGAGAAACAGGCUGAAGACUUCAUCAGAGAUCUGGAACAGGAGAUCUCUGAGCUGAAGAAGAGGAGCUCUGAGGUCAAGCAGCUCUCACAGGAUGAAGAUCACCUCCACCUCCUCCAAAGAUUCUCCUCCCUGAAAGAUGCUCCACCCACCAAGACCUGGACAAAGGUCAGAGUUCAUCCACCAUCAUAUGAUGGGACUGUGGUGAGAGCUGUGGCUCAGGUUGAGCAGAAGAUCAGGGAGACGAUGAUGAAGAGGAUGAUGGAGACUGAGAUGAAGAGGAUCCAUCAGUUUGCUGUUGAUGUGACUCUGGAUCCUGAUACAGCUCAUCCUAAACUCAUCCUGUCUGAUGAUGGAAAACAGGUGAAAAAUGGAGACGAGAAGAAGAAACUUCCAGACAAUCCAGAGAGAUUUGAUCAGUGUGUUAAUGUUUUAGGACAGCAGAGUUUCUGUUCAGGCAGAUUUUACUUUGAGGUUCAGGUUAAAGGAAAGACUGAAUGGACUUUAGGAGUGGUCAGAGAAUCCAUCAACAGGAAGGGACAAAUCACACUGAGACCUCAGAACGGUUUCUGGACUGUUUGGUUGAGAAAAGGAAAUGAGUACAAAGCGAAUGCUGGACCUUCAGUCCGUCUCCACCUCCAUCCUGGUCCUCAGAAGGUGGGGGUGUUUGUGGAUUAUGAGGAGGGUCUGGUCUCCUUUUAUGAUGUAGAUGCUGCAGCUCUGAUCUACUCCUUUACUGGCUGCUGCUUCAAGGAGAAACUCUACCCAUUCUUCUGUCCAUGUCCUAAUGAUGGAGGUAAAAACUCUGCUCCUCUGAUCAUCUGUCCUGUUAAUCAGGCUGAUCGUUGAUCUGAUGAAGAUGAUGAAGAUGAAUCUGAGUGACUCUGCAGGUGAAGUCCUGCUGCUGGAGAGGAGAGUUUGGAAACAUCCUCAGCAGGAAAUCAGUUAUUUUCUGCUUCUGAUUAGUUAUAAAGUCAAAUCAAAUUGUUUUAUCUCAGAGUUUAUUUCAUUGUCUUACUGAUUGUUUCAUCUUGUUUCCUUUUUCUUGUUUUAUUGAUGAUCAGUUUUAAACCUGCAUUCAAUGUUUCAACCUGUUCAUCAAAUUAAACUGAUUUCUAAUAAUAUUAACAUUUAAAUCUUGUUUUUCCUCAUUAGUUCUGCUUCUUGGUGGUUUGGUCUGAACUUUUAAUCAGAAGUGUAAAUAAAACAUGUGAUGGAUGAAUAAAAAUGUGAAAUAUGGAA